CUUUUUUUUUGUUCAAAUUACAAAUUACAUAGCAGACCACCGGUUCAACUAUCACCCCUCCAGGUCAUCCAAAACCGGACCCGACAAGGUCACGUGUAACUUAAUUCUUUGACAAAACCCUAGUUCCAGCGCCGUACACUGUUCAGUCUCACUUCCAAACGCUCACAAUAGCCAUGGCGUCAGCUACUCAGCUCUUCUCUCAACCUCCAUCCCUCCGCCUAAACCUAAACCGACACCAAUAUAACCAAUCAAGAAUCCCGGUUCUGUCUCUUAAAUCCACCUUGAAACCACUUAACCGCCUCUCCAUCAAAGCCGCCGCCGGCGCCUCCCAAAACUCGGUGAAAACACCACCGACGAAGGAUGCCUUCAAACACUGUUUCAAGAAAUCCUCAGAUGGAUUCCUCUACUGCGAGGGAACAAAGGUUGAAGAUAUCAUGGAGAAGGUUGAGAGGAGACCCUUCUACUUGUACAGCAAGCCACAGAUCACAAGGAACGUUGAGGCUUACAAAGAGGCCUUGGAAGGUGUGAGAUCAGUCAUUGGCUACGCUAUUAAAGCUAAUAACAACCUCAAGAUCUUGGAGCAUUUGAGGAGUAAAGGAUGUGGUGCUGUGCUAGUUAGUGGGAACGAGCUUAGACUUGCUCUUCUUGCUGGUUUCGAUCCCACAAAGUGUAUUUUCAAUGGAAAUGGGAAGCUGUUGGAGGAUUUAGUUUUAGCUGCUCAAGAAGGAGUUUUUGUAAAUGUUGAUAGUGAGUUUGACUUGGAAAAUAUUGUGGAAGCUUCUAGAAUCUCUGGUAAGCAGGUUAAUGUUCUGCUGCGUAUCAAUCCUGAUGUGGAUCCUCAGGUGCAUCCAUAUGUAGCUACCGGGAACAAGAACUCAAAGUUCGGUAUCAGGAACGAGAAGCUUCAGUGGUUUCUUGAUGAGGUCAAGGCACAUCCCAACGAGCUCAAGCUUGUUGGAGCGCAUUGCCAUCUUGGCUCUACCAUUACAAAGGUGGAUAUAUUCAGAGAUGCUGCGGUUCUCAUGGUGGAAUACAUAGAUGAAAUCAGGCGUCAAGGCUUUGAAGUUAGUUACUUGAACAUUGGUGGUGGUUUAGGGAUAGAUUAUUACCAUGCCGGUGCUGUCCUUCCUACACCCAUGGAUCUCAUCAACACCGUAAGAGAGCUAGUUCUGUCACGAGACCUGAAUCUAAUAAUAGAGCCAGGGAGGUCAUUGAUAGCAAACACGUGCUGUUUCGUCAACCAUGUAACUGGUGUGAAGACGAAUGGAACUAAAAACUUCAUAGUGAUAGAUGGAAGUAUGGCUGAGCUAAUCCGUCCUAGUCUUUAUGAUGCCUAUCAGCACAUUGAGUUGGUCUCUCCUCCAGCACCUGAAGCAGAGGUUUCCAAGUUUGACGUAGUUGGUCCUGUUUGUGAAUCUGCUGAUUUCUUGGGAAAAGACAGAGAGCUUCCUACUCCUCCAAAGGGAGCUGGUCUUGUUGUUCAUGAUGCUGGUGCAUACUGUAUGAGCAUGGCUUCCACUUACAAUCUCAAGAUGCGUCCUCCGGAAUACUGGGUUGAAGAUGAUGGGUCCAUCACUAAGAUCAGGCAUGCUGAGACAUUCGAUGACCAUUUGCAUUUCUUUGAAGGUCUAUAG